UUGAUACCGGCAUGGCACACGACAGCACGGACGUCUGGCGCCUCCUCGAGGUGUCGGCCGACGACAGUGCGUUCCUUGCGUCAUUAGCGGGCGCCGAUGCGCCUCGCCCAAACCGGAAGCGCAAGACGCUCAAGUCGGAGAUCGACUACCUGCGGGCCAAGCAGGUCGAGCUAAGCACCGAGCUGGCGCAGCUCCAAGGUCGCAUCACCGCGAUUCCGCGUGAUGCCAUUUGGCAGCGGCGCGCCUACGACCAGGCGAUGGGCGCGCACCGCGCACUCCAAGAACGCGCGCAGCUUCAGGACGCCGUGCAGCAGCAGCUGCAGCAGCUGCACGCGCUCGAAGACGAAUUUGUCGUGUCGGCCAAGCGCACCAAGAUGGCACCGCCUAGCGUCCUGCAGCAAGAGGCCGUUCUGAACGCGAACGACCGCGAGGCUGCCCUGGAAGCGCUCCUGCAGCGCCAGCUUGAGAAACUCGAUUCCGAGUGGGUGCGCCACCGCAUCUACGAUGCGGUGGACGCGAACGCGGUGCUGCAGAGCUCGCACUUGGAACCUCACGACGAUACCGUCCUCCUUCGGUUUCUGCGCUGCGAACCGUAUACGCUACCGUCCGAUACGAUGGCGUCGGUGCUCUGGACGCAUCUCACACAGCGGUCGCCGCCGCCUGGCCACGACGCCGAGACGUUUCACGCCGAUCUCGCCUACACCAGGCAAGAUUCGAUCCUGGAGCUGCCAUCCCGCCCAACGCUCGAGUCGCGCUUGGCAUGCCGCCGGUGGACACAGAAAGGCCGGACGGUCAUUGCAUGGCGCUCGAUUCUUUGCGACGCGCACAAGCCACACGACCCCAGUCACUUGAUCGAGAACGCGUGGGGCUGGGCGGUGGCAUAUCCACGAGGCCCGGACGCGAGCUACUUUGCAGUGUUUUUGAGCAUGACGGCGCCGCUCUCAUCGUCGUCGUCGACGCAGCACGCGGACGACGUUGGCCUUCUCACGGAGCUCCUUUUGAAAAUCACACAAGACAACCGCGAACAAGUCACAGCAUUUGUCCAUCAAGCCGCACAACGCGCCGCGCCAUCGUGAGAGAUGUUGUACCGGAUAGCCCUAAACCUUAAACAAUCGUACUCGUGGCAACUGGCGCGACCGUUGCCCACCAUCGCCACAUCCCUUUCCG